UCGUGUUGUAAUAUAAUCGUUAAUUUAUACUGUUUUCUAUCAAUAUUUAUUCGUUUUAUUAGCGUUAUAUUUACCAAAUAAUAUAAAAGCAGGCACCGACUUUUUUUUCCUCAAACCAGUUUCAACUUUUGUACCAUCAGUUUUUAUUUUAACAUAAAAAUUCACAAUGAAGUAUUUCGUACUGUGUGCCUUAGUACUUUACUGCUCUUCGGAAGUUUUAGGAAAUCCAAAAUGUGAUGGUGUAACGUGCGAACCUGUACAAUGUGGAUUUGGUGCUAAUGCAAAAGUGAAGGAAGGUGAUUGUUGUCCCACUUGCGUAGGAUUCGGUAACCCAUUGUUACCCAAAGAUAACCCAUGUGAAGGUAAACAAUGCACAGUUGCAGUGGCUACAGACUGCCCUCCUGGAUCUAUAUUGAAGAUGAAAGAUGGUAAUUGUUGUCCCACAUGCGAACCAUUUGGAAAUCCAGCUUGUGCUGGUGCAAAUUGCGCUACUCCACAAUGUGGACUUGGUUCUCGUCUACAACUGAAGGAGGGUGAUUGCUGUGCCAGUUGUGUAGGAUUCGGAAAUCCAAAAUGUGAUGGAGUAAAGUGCGAACCUGUAAAAUGUGGAUUUGGAGCAAACCUUAAAUUGAAGGAAGGUGAUUGUUGCCCCAGUUGCGAAGGAUUCGGAAAUCCAAAAUGUGAUGGAGUAAAGUGCGAACCUGUACAAUGUGGACUUGGAGCUAAUCUUAAACUGAAGGACGGUGAUUGUUGCCCCAGUUGUGAAGGAUUCGGCAACCCAUUGUUACCCAAAGAUAACCCAUGCAAAGGUAAACAAUGCACUGUUGCAGUGGCUACAGACUGCCCUCCUGGAUCUAUAUUGAAGAUGAAAGAUGGUAAUUGUUGUCCCACGUGCGAACCAUUCGGUAAUCCACUGUCAAAGCCUUAAAACUGAAGAAUGGAUAUUGUUGUGCCACCUGCCAAGUUAUUUUAGAUAACUAAUAAUAAAUCAAGGACAUAUUUCAACUAUCAGAAAAAAUGACCGCGGUAGAUGAAAAAUUACCAAUAAAUUAAUGAAGUACAUAUGACAAAACUUAA